AUGCCAACUUUCAAUUUCAGCUUCUCGUCGCCGCAUCGGCCUGCCCAUUCCUCGCCUCUCUCAUCGUCUCCCAUUAGACAGAGCUCCCCACCCUUGUCUCCUCGCAACACCAAUACACUUCCCAGAUAUGAUACUCAGUCUUCGCCCAUAAAGACACCCCCGACCAAAUUUAAAUUCGCUGCUCGUAGUGCGAAACCAAAUCCUCUCAGACUGACUCGAGAGACUGCCCAAGAGAGCAGGCGCAACUUGUUCCUGAAGAAUGUACGGAAGCGCGCGGAUGAUAGACAAUGGGAGAGGAGGGGAGGGGACCAGGAGGCUCUGCGACUCGAGUGGUCGAUAUUAGACCGUCAACGGCGGCAGCAAAAGAACGCGGACCUCGAUGGCAUGCUGUUUGAGGAAGAUAUAGAAGACAUCCCAGAGCGUGAGCAAGAUAUGUCGCAAAACCCGGAAGACAUGAUGGUCGAUGUACUGGCCCAGGAAGAGGAGGAAGAACUGAAUGCAAUGCUGGCCAUGCUCGAGACUUCAUCACCACCCCGGGAACGUUUGCAACCCUCGUCCCCGGCACUUUCCGACGAUGAUGACUAUGACAGCAUCUUCAUGGAUCUAAUAUCGCAACAAGAAAGCAGUAGUCAAGGCUUCGUAUCAUCGGGACAGAUGGAUAUGUCGUAA